UAUUUGUCUAAUGAACCGAUAAUUUCGUAUUUUGUACCCCUGUCCAAAUAUUCCGCUUUGUUCUUAUUUUGGGUUGCUAAUUUUUCUUUGACUUUCAGUUUUCGUAAAAAUCUCAAAGCCUUGUUCAUCGUUCAUCCAACAACUGGGAUUAAGAUUCUCUGGUCUUUGUUUAAACCAUUUAUCAGGCCACCGUAUACCAAGCAACAACAUGGCCACAAAGCCUGGCUUCUUCAAGAGAAGAUCUUCCGAAGACUGAAAAUGUUCGACCGUUAG